UUUGCAUCAGUUCUUUUCUGACCGGGCUGACAGCAGCUAAAGUUGAAAAUGAAGCUUUACGGAGCUCUGGUGAUCUUGCUGACUGCAUCUGUAGCGUGUGGACUGAAAUGCUACUUAUGUGCAUUAGCUGAUCCUAAGUCCUGCACAGGCACAGCGACUUGUCCUGCAUCUUUUGACCGAUGUUUCUCUCAACAGCCAGAAGGAACGAAUUUGGUUACCAAGGGAUGCAUGCCCAGCCAAUUAUGCAUUGCAUCCAUAACUUGCUGUGAAGGGGACCUGUGCAACAGUGGCGUACCAACUGCAGACGGUGCCGUACCAACUGGCCCCGGCGUCAUCCUGCUGCUGCUGUCUUCAGCUCUUAUCACUCUCUUUAUUUAAGGCUCUGAAAUGUUGCUCCUGUUUUGGUCUAUAGUUUGAUCUCUCAGCAGCUAUGUUGAGGUGACACCAAAAAAAUUUAGUCAGGGCAAACAUGUUGCAUCAUGUAAUAGAGGUAUCUCCUGUAAACAAAAAAAUAAAUAAAUAAAUAAAAAAUAAACAAUAAUUGCAUGUAAGCCAUGAAUGAAUAAAUUACUCAAUCUAUUAA